AUGCUAAUAAUAUUAUUACUACUUCACUUAGGAAAUUGUGGGUAUGUUAUUAAAAGAUAACAAAUAGACACAUAUCUAGCUGGGAUGUAUAAUUAGAUUAUACAAAUGCAGGAUAUGCAAGUCGUUUUACAAUUCCAUUCAAAUUAAGUAAUCCAUUACCAAAUUUUGGGUACCUGAGGAUGAAAUUCCCAUUUGCACUUCAUUAUACAAACACAAACAAUGUACCUGAUAAUGUUAUUGUAACAUUUAAAUAAGUAUUUUGAUGAAAAGAUAUUAUAGGCUAAAGGAAACUACUAAUGCGGAGAGGAAUAUGAGUAGAGUGCAUAAGUAUUUGUAAAUAAUGGAGAGAAUAAUGCUUACUAUAUAAAAUUUGGUAUUGAAUUAACAUCAAAUGAAUACUAUUAUGUGAAUAUACAUAUUAGUGGCAAGAAUCUUAAUAUCCAGUCAUCUGGAGUAAAAGAACCAAUUUAAUUGGCUACAGUUACAUCUAUAUCUGCCAUUGCAAUGAUUAUCGAUUAUACUCCUGUUGGUGGAAUCUUUGCUUUGGAUCUAGAACCAAGUUCUGAUAUGAGAUGUUCAAUUAGUGAGACAAUCAAUACUAUGAACUAAUUAUAUAAUGUGACUGUAGGGGUUUAAUUCAAGAAGUAGAUGAAUGAAGGUGCUAGAGUAUAACUCAUCUUUAAUUCUGAUUUUAAUUUUGAAGGAUCUUGUACUUUAUAAAAUGACAUUCCUUAUCAAUGUACUUUAGCAUCGAACAUGAUUGUUUACUUAAUCAAAUAAUACAUAUUAGUCAAUGAUUGGCUAUACUUUUAAGUUACUGUAAGAAAUCCUUUGAGAGUAACUCUUCCUACUUCUCUAGAAAUAAGAUCCCUUUAACAAUAUGCUAAUACUAUUAAUGAAAGAACUGUAUCUCAACCUGUAUUCUAAGUCAAAUAAGUUUUCUUAUCUACACAUAAAUUAUACUUGGGUUGGGGUUUAGAAUAUUCAUCUAGAUCAUCUUAUUAUUAUCCUUUCCCAAUUAUUGUUUUUAGGGGAGAUGUUGCUGGUAAAUAUACUCCUUAUAAUGCAUUUAAAUGGUAAUUUGCUAUGGCCACAGAUUUACCUGAAGACAUUCAAUUAUAAAUUGAAGUUUCAACUCCUAUGAAAUUUAAAAGUUAUUUGAUGAGUAUUAGUCACAAUCUUCCCUCUUAUCCUGGAAAAUAAAGUCAAUGUGUUUUUACCAAUAUCAAUAGACUCUCUCAAUCCAAAAUUGUUUGUUACAAUGUAGGCUAAUUAUAUUUGUCUACCACUUAUUAUAUUGGAUGUAGAGCAACCUUUCCAUAUGAUUAAUUUAACCUACCUUUAGAAUAAAAGUUUGGAUCUAUGAAUAUAUACACUGUCACUAAUGGAAUUAAAGAUACUCUAUCUGUCAUUGUUGAGUAUUAUUAAUUAUCUAUAAUAGAUCUAAUCCAGUUGAAUAUAUAUAAACCAAUAAUAAUCCUGAUUGGCUCAAUCCUUCAUAUGAUGGUACUGUAGUAUCUAGUUAGAAAAUGGAUGUCACAAUUCUUAAUGAUCCACUUACAAACACACUUGGUAUUAUACCUAAUUUAGAUGAUGGAGAUAUCGAAUUAAUUAGAUUAAAAUUCAAUCUUGCCAUUAAAAUUGAUAAAAUUAUCACUCCAGCAACAACUCCAGUCCUUGGAACUUAGAAAAUAGCUUAUAGUGCUGGUAUAAUUAUCAUUGCUAAUAAUAACAUUUAAAUGUCAUCUACAGAUCCAGCUAAUCUUGAAUGUGCAAGUCUUACUGCUUCAUAAUUUUUCAAAUAUGAUUACAAAUCCUCUAAUUUAGCUAAUUUUUUAGCUAUUACAGUUGCAAGUUCAGAUGCUCAAGGUCUCUUAAAUAUGUUUGUUUACAAUACAAAUGAAUUGUAAACAAAAUUUUUAUAAUUUGCAAUAAGUAAUUUACAAGCAAAAUUUCAUUCUUCAUUGUAUGCUGAUGAACAUUUGCUUGAUUUUUAUAUUGGAUCAUUUGAUUAGAUUGAAAGUACUUAUCCUAUUUUCAAAUAAUCUUUUUUAACAAAUGCUUACACAAUAACUUCUCCUGCUCCAUCAUACAUUAGAUUAGGAAUAGUUAACUAUUUUUCAAGUUCUUCUUCUGGAAACACUUGUGAUUACUUUCCAACAUUGAUUAGAUUAUCUGGGUACUUUUAAGAUACUGAUGUAGAAAAUGCUCAAACUAAGAUUUCACUAUUUUUUACAAAUCUUUAACCAAUAUACAUAUCAUCAGACUUUGAAAAUGAUAAUAGAGUGUAUUGCAAAUAUACAGGUUAAACUUAACCAACUUGUUCAUAUUUUUCAUCAGGUUUAUUAGGGAAUGGAUAAUCCUAUCUAAAUUAUGAAAGAUUAGAUAUAGAAUUUGAAUCAUUAGCAACUAAUCAAGCAGAUGCAUUUUAAUUAUUGAUACCUGUAAAAACAUUUGCAUCUAAUCCAAAAGUUAGUUUUUUUCUAGCAGCUGUUGUUGACAUAAAUGGAUUAAUUGAAAUAAGAACAUCCUUCAGAUUAACUGGUCAUGAUAAUAUCAACAGUAAAUAAUAUACAUUUCCAGUUGGAGUACCAGCAUUAGGUAAUGGAUUUGCAAGAGCUGGAAUCACUACUGCAUCAGAUUAGUUUGGGAAUCCAGCACCAUACUAAUUAUAAGUUAGUUCUGCUUUAACUGUAGGUAAAAAUAAUACCGAUUUGACUUUCUUUAUUGGUCACAAUGAUGUUAGUUUUGUAAAUAUAAAUACUGUUGCAAAUGAUAAUUAAAAUGGUGGUGGAUUUACUUUAGUUUCUACUUCACCAUUUUACACUAGUGAUUCAAUAAUAAAAUCACCAAUAUCUGUGGAUUCAUCUAAAGUCUCUGGAUGUGUUACAUUUGAAUAUUUAACUAAGUUUGUUAUAUUUUGUCCAACAGAUAAGGCUAGUGAUUCUCCAUUAACAACAUUAACAAUUAAAGCAGGAAAUCUACCAUUCAAUAAUGGUGAUAAAUUACCAUACAGAACUGUCUAUGCAUGGAGUGAUAAAGUAAAUGGUCUUGGUAUUUUCAGAGUAGAUUCUGAUACUUUGAUUACUCUUAAAGGUGUAGUCAAAAUAUUAUAAGUUUGGCCAAAAUUAGAAAUAGGACAAAAAUAAUAGAGAGUUCAAAUUAGAUUUUAUACUACAAACCCAAUUCCUAAUUAAGCAACUAUUAGAUUAGAAUUUCUUGAUGCAUCUUCAAUUAAAUUUGAUGCUAUUAAUAAAGGAUCUAGAUGUUUAAUAGAAACUGCUCUUUAUGGAAUUUUAAGUCACACUUGUACAGUCUCUAGGUCUACGUCUGGUGCAUAAGUACACUUUUUAUUUAAAAUAACUAAUUGCGAUAGUUGUCCAUGGACUAAUGGAUAAUUUAUACUUAAUUUUUGGGGAUUGAAUAGUUAAUAUUCAGGAACUGUUUCAAAGUCUUCAUUUGAUAUAAGAAUUAUGUCAGAGUAUUUGAAUACUAUAGAUUUAUCUAAAGUUUAAGGAGCUAUUGAUUAUGAUGACAAUCCAGAUGUAAAAUAUGAGGCAUUCUUUGGGAAUCCCAAAUUCUAAUUUUAUAAUAGAAGAGCAAAAGGAUAAAUUAGUGUAGAUUUCUAGUUUACUCGUAGUAUAUGGAAGUAAGAAUAUGUAUUGAUUAACAUUGGUGGAUUUUUUGAUGAUAAUUAAAGAAAUAAAAAUAAUAUAAUUUGUUAGGUAUAAUAAUUAGGAUAACCAUCAUAUCUAUUUGGACAAUCAGAUUAUACUCUAGAUAGAGGUAGUUCAGUAAGUGGAAUAAAAUUAUAUCCAAUUGAUGAUAUAAUAGGAUCAUAGAUUUUUACAUUAAAAUGUUAUGGGAUGGUUAUACCAUUUAGUUUAAAUCCAGAACCUAUGAUUGCUAGUCUUAUUUUAUAAGGAACAUUUCUAAUUAUAUAAUCAUCAGGCACUAUAUCUUUGGACUCAUUAUAUGAAGAAACUAUUUUGCCUAUCAAAAAUAUUCAAUUAACUUAAAAAUUAAAUAAUUUAUGUGGAUCAACAACUGACUUUUUUAUUAAUGUUACAACUACUUUAAUUGAUGUUAAAUUGGGUACAUCUAUAUUUGUUGUAUUCCCAACUACUUAUCCAUUCAUUGUUUCAAGUAACCUCACUUAUUGUUCUUUAAAUAGUUUAUUUGUGGCCUGUUCUGUAGAUGUAGAAAAUACAGUGAUAUUAGAAAACUUUGAUAUUUCAAUACCAAAAGGUUAAGAAAUGUAAAUCAGAAUUUAUGGAGCUUAAAAUUCAGCUAUUUUUAAUGAUUAAGCAAAUGAAAUCUUUGUAGCUUUCACUAAUAAUAUAGAUACUACAGUAUUAGGAGAAUAUGGAGUUAUUUAUGAUUAUAUUGGGUAAGAUAUGGUCACAACUCCUCCAAUAAAUAUAUUAACUUUAUGGAUUGAUACAACUCAAUAAUAUAUAAGAUCUUUUAGUACAAUUACUUUUAAGGUUACAUUUCCUCCAGGAGCUAUUGAAGUUUCUAAUUUAAUUUAAAUAGAAUUUCCACCUGCUUGGGAUAUGAUUAUAAAUUAUAAGUUACCAAUUUGUUCACUUUAUGAUCAGAAUAAUAUUACUAAUUAUGCAAAAUCUUGUAUUAAUUUUGGAAAUAGAGUAACCAUUACAAUAAAAUAAAGUGAUUACAUAGGCUCAUAAUAUUAUUAUUUGAUAUUAGCUAAUGUGCGUAAUCCUGAUUAUGCUGUUUGUGGAAUAAAUAUGUGGACACUUACAGUUCUGAAUUCAACUUAUGUAUUUGGUAGAUCACAUGCCCCUAAUUUUAAUAUCCCAAUUUUCCCAUUUAUUUCAAAUCCAAAUUAAGUUACACUUAAAUGGAUAGAUAUGAAUACUAAGUAAAGUAUUCGAACUUUGUAGGUGAAAACAGGCAUUUUUAAUCAAGUGAUAGGAUUAGCAUCUGAUGCAGGUUUAUUUUUGCGUACCUUCUAAAUUUAUAGUGAUAAUCCUUAUUUUACUGCUAACCCUACUAAUACAAUUGCUCCUAUGGGAUAAGCAUAUACAACAUUUACAAUUGCAGGUACAAGUAAAGCUCCAUAAGGAUUAUAAUUAAUUGAAUUUGCAAAAACAGAUGAUUUUGAAAAACAUACAUAAUUACCUUUCCUUAGAGUAUUCCUUUCAUAAACCUUCUGCACUUUAAACACUGAAAUGACACUAUAUCAACUAACUCUAGGAGGUUAAGCACUUCCAAUUUUAUUCAAUCUCACAGAUUGUUAACCUGCAGCUAAUCUUCGUAUUGAAGCUACCUCUGAUACAGAUAAGAUUUAUUUUAAAAGUAAAUCAUCCAUUACUUUUGGACUCAAUCAAAAAGUUGGUGCCUUUCUUUUUGCAUCUGAAGAUAGUGGUAUUAGUGUUGGUGAUUCAGGAUUAAUCUCAUUUUAAGUUUCUGGUUCAUACUAAAAAUAUUAUACUACAGUAAAUCCUAUCAGUUAUAGAAUUAUUGAUAUUAAUAAAAAAAGACCACUCUCAAAUCUCUAUAGUAUAGAUAGAGGUUCUAACUAUGUUAAAUUUUUAGUAACUUGUAAUCAAUAUGCUGUUGUAUAUUAUUAUAUUUCAAUCAAUGGAUCUGAAAUUUUAUAUCCAGAAGAAAUCCAAUAAAAAACAUUUCUAUGGAUAGAACCAUCUAUUGAUGAUUAUUAUCAUUAAUUCUUUGGUUUAAAAAAUAUAUUUAUUCCGUUUAAAAAUUAUACAGUAGUUGUAAGUGGACUUAGACCAUCUACUACUUAUAAUAUAACAACUGUAUGCAAAAAUGUUGAAACAAAGUUUAGUACUGCUUAAACAAUAUUACAAACAACAAAAUCUAAUAAUGGAAAGUCCUUUUAUAUUGAUCUUAUUUUUGAUAGUGAAAUUGACUUAGAAUUUUCCAUUAGUAUUACUUGUUUCUUAACACAACAAUUUAAAGUUCCAGCAAGACUUAUUCGUAAUUCUAUUAAUAGUUGGUGUUCAUUAUAAAGAAGACGUCUAUUAAGCAAUACAACUAAUGUUUAUAGUGAAAAAAAUGUGAGAAUGUAUGUCAGUUUAAUUGACUUUGAACUACAAGAUACAGUUACAGCUUCUUUAUUAGCUAAAGGAAUAAAUAAAACAUAAUUUAUAGCUGAUUUAUUUGAAUAAGUUGCAGGAUUACCCAAUUUAGUUAAGUUAUCUGAUUUAACAGCCAUCUCAACAACUGUUCCAAUAUUCUAAUAAGAAGUUGUUGUUAAUAUUACUAAUAAUUCAAUCCUUUUAUAAAAUAUCUCUUUAGAUCAAGAAGGUUUUGUAUAUUGUAUGAUUGAUUUCAAUAAUAGAACAAAAAUGCCCACCUUUUAUGAUUUGAGAUAAGGUAAUGCUUUAAGGAAACCAGAAAAUGCUACAUAUUAUGAAAGAUAAAGAUUUAAUAAAUCUACAUCACUCAAUUUCACAUUUGAUCAGUUGAUACAUUAUACUAAUUAUUCAAUAUAUUAUUAUGCAUCCAAUGAUGAUCCUAGUGAGCAUUAAAUAAGAACUUAUGUAUAUCAAAUCAAUUUUAGAACUGAACCAAAAUAUGAAAUGUGGGCAAAUAUCAUAAUCAUCAUUUUGAGCAUGAAUAUUAUUCUUAUAUGAAAC